CACCUAGAUGCUGGCAAAUUAUAUGAAAAAGCAGCCACCUGUUACAAACUCGCCAAAUCUUGGGACCAAGCUGGAGCUGCGUAUGUCAAGUCGGCUCAGUGUCAUUUGAAGUCAUUUGAAGGAGAUAACAGACACUCCUUACUAGGAGGGCUAAGCACCUUUGGCUGUGCUGCUAUUGCCUAUAAGGAAGCGGCUCAUGCAUACAAGAACACUAACACCAAAGAGUUUAUAGCUUGCCUGGAACAAGCAUCAAAUUUGUUCAUUGAAAUUGAGUGGCUUAGCAGGUCUGCAGAUCACUGCAAGGAAAUUGCUGAGUUAUAUGAACAGGAGCAGAACUUGGAGCAGGCCAUCUCUUACUACCAUAAAGCAGCUAAUCUUUUCCAGUGUGAAGAAUUACAUUAUUUUGCAAAUCAAUGCAAGCAGAAAAUUGCACAAUUUUCAGCUCAUCUGGAACAGGCAAUUGUUUAUUGGGUCAAAACAGGCCGGGUGGGGCCUGCCUUAAUAUGUGAAAUUGUGAACAAACCAAGGGAAUUGGAUCCUAAGUUUUCAGCAACUUGCGAAUACAGAUUACUGGCUGAUUUAGCUGCUGCACUGGAUGAGGUAGAUGUUGUAAAGUUUACCGAUGCUGUCAAGGAAUUUAACAGCAUGACUAAGCUGGAUAAGUGGAAUACUGCCCUCCUGUUAAGAGUGGAGCUGCUGCUUAAGGCCAAGGAGGAGGAAGAUGAUGAUCGUACAUGAAUUGGUUUUAUUUGACAUAAGCAGCAACUUUUUGGGGGGUUUUUUCAGGAGCAAAUACAUAAUUUCAUCAUUAGGAGUACAUGUGCUUAGUACUUGGAUGUUGGGGGGUUUUCAACUGGAUCCUAUACUUUGAUCAUUGGUUUUUAGUAGCCAAUUCUAGUUUUAUUGUUGUUGGAAAACAAAGAUUUCGGUCUUGCAAGCUGUAACCAUUGGCAUUUGGAAUCCGCUUAUUUGCUUUUCUGCAGAUCAGCAUUGUGAUCUUUUAAAGUCCACUUAGGGCUA